AGGGGAAGACGGCCAUCGCCGGCAGGUUGAUUCGGGUCAUUCUCGGUAAAAUGUCACCUUUUCUCCGAGGAGCAUAAAAGGCCGAACCACGGCAACCAUCCUUCAAGUUCUGUACAUCCAAUAGCUUCGAACGGCUCAAACUUCACCUCACAACGACAUAGUCACGAUGCCUAGUCCUCUUGUCACUGAGAUUUUCACAGCGGAUCCCUCUGCCCACUCGUUCAAUGGCAAAAUCUACGUCUACCCGUCUCACGACCGAGAGUCCAACAUCCCGUUCAACGAUCGUGGAGAUCAAUAUGAUAUGGAAGACUACCACGUCUUGUCGAUGGAUGAUGUCGGUGGAGAAGUGACAGACCAUGGGGUGGCCCUGAAGGCUUCGGAUGUUCCUUGGGUUUCGAAGCAAGUCUGGGCACCCGACUGUGCCAAGGGUCAAGAUGGAAAGUACUAUUUGUACUUCCCGGCGAGGGACAAAGAGGGUAUCUUCCGUCUCGGUGUCGCUGUCUCGGAUAAACCUGAAGGUCCAUUCAAACCUCAACCGGAAGCUAUCAAAGACAGUUUCUCCAUUGACCCUGCCUCUUUCGUCGACGAUGACGGUUCCACCUAUCUCUACUUUGGUGGAAUCUGGGGAGGUCAAUUACAAUGCUACUCUUCACCCGAUGGAGGCAAAUUUGAUGCGUCACAAGACGGACCACACGAACCGUCUGGAAAGGGCGUCAAGGCUCUUUGCCCCAGAGUCGGGAAGAUGACUUCGGACAUGCUCGAGUUUGCUGAACCCGUCAAAGAGCUAGUGAUCCAAGACGAGAAUGGGGAACCGCUUCAAGCGGACGAUCAUGAUCGCCGAUUCUUCGAAGCCUCAUGGAUGCACAAGUAUAAUGGAAAAUACUACUUUUCAUACUCUACCGGAGACACCCACUUUAUCGUCUACGCCAUCGGGGACUCACCGUAUGGACCGUUCACCUAUGCUGGAAAGAUCCUUGAACCCGUCAAGGGAUGGACCACACACCACAGUAUCGUCGAACACAAGGGGAAAUGGUAUCUCUUCUACCAUGAUUGCGAGCUGAGCAAGGGGGUCGACCACUUGAGAAGUGCCAAAGCGAGGGAGCUCAAAUAUGAUGCGGAUGGAAAGAUCAUCACGAUGAAACCAGAGUGAUCAAUUCAAAGAACAAGAAGACGUGCCACCGUCCCGAUGGAUGUGCACUUUCGACACAGAUUAUGUAGCCUGCUAUCUAUGUAUGCCAUUCAUCCAGAGAUGAAGAGCUGAGCGAGCCCUGCUUUAUUUUAUAAAGUGUAG